AUGGCUUUGGUUGGAGAGGCUUUGCUCUCCGGUUCAAUCAAGGUGAUGUGCGACAAGAUUGCCUCCGGACAGUUCAUGGACUUCUUCCGGGCAAGAAGACUCGACCAUUCACUCGUGGACAAACUGAAGGUGAAGUUGAUGACCCUCCAUGCAGUGCUCAACGACGCAGAGGAGAAGCAGAUUGUCAACCGUGCCGUCGGGAUGUGGCUUGACGAGCUCAAACAUGCUGUGUUCGAUGCCGAGGACUUGGUGGAUGAGAUCGAUACUGAAGCUUCGCGUCGCAAGGCGAAAGAUCAGACCAAGAAAACCCAGGUGUGGAACUUCCUUUCUACCUCUCGUAAACCUUUUAAUUAUAAAGGCAUGAAUGGUAGGAUCGAAGUUUUAUUCAACAAGUUGGAAGACCUUGCAAAUCAAAAAGACAUCCUCGGUCUCAGGGGAGGUGUAGUGGGCAAGGUUUCACAAAGAACUCCCACAACUUCUGUUGUUGAGGACGGAUUUUGUACCUACGGAAGGGAUGGAUGUAAAGAAAAGUUAAAAGCUCUACUGCUGCUAUCUGACAAUGAAAGUAGCAGUAAUUUUUCUGUAGUCCCUAUAGUCGGUAUGGGCGGGGUUGGUAAGACAACUCUUGCUCAACUCCUUUACAACGAUGAACAAGUUAAAGAGCAUUUUGAUAGUAAUGCUUGGGUUUGUGUUUCCGAACAGUAUGAGGGUUUGAGGGUUAUUAAGACCCUUAUUGAGGAAAUCACUAAAAAGCCUUGUGAUAUUUUGGAGAUGAAUUACCUUGAAGUUCAACUAAGGCAACAAUUGAUGGGAAAGAGAUUCUUACUUGUCCUGGAUGACCUUUGGAAUGAAAACUAUGGUGACUGGGAUCGGCUACGUACUCUUUUCACGUAUGGGGCAAAGGGAAGUAAGGUCAUUGUAACAACAAGGAGUAGACGUGUUGCAUCCAUCGUGCACAAUACUAUUCCUAUUCACGACUUAGAAAAAUUGUCGGAUGAAGAUUGUUGGCUGUUACUAGCAAAACAUGCAUUUAGAAAUGAAAACCCCGGUGCACAUCCAGACUUGGUUGAAAUUGGUAAGGAAAUUGCAUGUAAGUGCGAUGGUUUACCUCUAGCUGCAAAAACACUAGGGGGUCUCUUAAGUUGCAACCUAGACUACAAGGAGUGGAAUCACAUAUUGAAUAGCAAUCUUUGGGAUCCACCACAUGCUGAUAGUGUUCUUCCUUCUCUAAGAUUGAGCUACCACUAUCUUCCAACUUACUUGAAACGAUGCUUUGCGUAUUGCUCAAUUUUUUCAAAAGACUAUGAAUUUGAAAAGGAAAAUGUAAUUCUACUAUGGAUGGCAGAAGGUUUAGUUCCACAAGCAGAGAACGAGAAAGCAAUGGAGGAGGUUGGAGCAGAAAAAUUCACAUGA